CAUUUGUAACAUUUUGAGCAAUCUCGUCAACCUCUUCAUUCACGUUUCCCUUGUCCAAGACCCUUCACGGACGGAGUUGCCAACUUCGCUUACGGCUUCCUUCCUGCUGAAGCCAUGGCUAACAUUGGUAUUAUGGACGGCGCGUACUUCGUGUCUAGGUCUGACAUCUUAGCAUGGAUCAAUACUACCCUUCAGCUGAACGUCACUAAAGUCGAAGAGGCAGCGUCAGGGGCUAUUCACUGCCAGCUUAUGGACGCUAUCUAUCCGAACGUCGUUCCCAUGCAUAAAGUCAACUACGAUGCAAAAAACGAGUAUGAGAUGAUUCAGAACUACAAGGUCCUUCAGGAUGUCUUCGACAAGCUGAAGAUAGCCAAGCACAUUGAGGUGAACAAGCUUGUGAAAGGUCGCCCACUGGACAAUCUUGAGUUCAUGCAGUGGAUGAAACGCUAUUGCGAUACCAUUAGCAAGGGAGUCAUUGAUCCUAGCUACAACCCUGUGGAACGCCGUAACUCGUCGAAGGGGGGGAAAGAGAUGCUGAAGAAGUGCCCUCAACCUGCUGCCUCUCGGCCUCGUGUGCAACCCCGUGCGCAGCCAGUCAUUAGCAAGCCAACAGCUGGAAGCGCAAGGACAACUGCUAUCCGGGCCCCUACGGCGCCGAACACGUCUGACUACCAGCUGUUUGACAAGCAAGUCCAGGAGCUCCGAGAACAGAUUUCUGACCACAAGUUGACAAUUGACAGCCUGGAGAAGGAGCGAGACUUCUAUUUUGCCAAGCUUAGGGAUAUUGAACUUCUCUGCCAAACGCCCGGCUAUGCGACCUUACCGAAUGCUGCUGUGUUGAAGAUUCUCUACGCAACAGAAGACACAGAGGAUAUCUUGGAUCAGGCGCGGGCCCUUUUGGAUGGAAAUGGUGAGGCUGAAGCGGACGUGAGCGAGGAGAAGGAGCCGGCUGAUGAUUUUGAAGAGGCUGAAGAAGCGGCCCAGGAUGAGGAGGUUUUUAUGAAUGGGUCGAGUGACGUUACAGCAGCCAUGUCAACAGUGGAAGUUCAGUAAGAAGCGCUCCGCGUUCUUACUAGUGGUGCCAUGCUUCCUACUGAUUGUCAAUCUGCAGCUGAGUUGUCAAUUCCAGACAACAUGAUGUAGUUCUAGAUAAGGAAGUAUUGCUAUGCUAAGACCAGCAAUGUGAAUAAUGUUGCACAUUUCAAUUUAAGUUUCACCAGCA